AUGGCUUCUCUUUAUACUGAACCUCACGCUGAAAUCCAUACCGGUGCAUCAAGUCGCCAUCAUCGUCAUCAUCAUCAUCAUCAUUCUAUAUCAGCUUCCACGGUCAAUAAGCGCUCGCUUACUCGCGAGGAUUUAUUGGCAAUGGCAAGAAAUGAAUAUGCUCGGCAGCUUUGCAAGUUUACCGAAGCUCAACUCAAGCAGCGUGUACCAUCUUGUGUGACAAGUAACUUAUCUUCGACCACCACCACAACCACCACAACCACUACAUCUUCAUCUUCAUCGACCGCUUCUCCAACAGCAGAGUCGAUUGCAGUGCGAUCGGCACCAUCUUCUCCUUCAUCUUCUUGA